GCUCAGUCCUCUGGUUUUCUUCGGGUCUGGGACGUCCUCUUACUUUAGUGGAAACUGUUGAACAAAUUUCUCAUCUUUCUUCCCGUCUGAGCUGUUGGGUUUUAGUUAUCCUGCCUGCUGGUCCCGUGCAAGACCGCUCCAGUUUGUCUUCAUCAUGUUUUUGCGGGUCCAUGUCUUUCUGGUUUUGGCUGGUUUGAGUCUGAGUGCCUCUGAAGACUGUGAACAGCUGCUCACUCCUCUUCCUCUGGACGACCUCAGCAAGCUGUUUGGCAGAUGGAACUUCAUCGAAGGUUUCACGGACCACAAAUUAUUUUCUGACAUCCUGAGUGUGGUGGACAGCUCCUGGAUUGACAUCACGCCGACACCUUCAAACAACUUUCUGGUCGUAUAUGAGUUCAAUAAGAUCAAUGGAACAUGCAACAUCUCUACCUCCAACAUGACACUCACUGGUGAUAAGACUACCGUGACACAUGCGGAAGGUGUGUCUGACGUAAAGAUUUUGCCCUCCUGCUCCCGCUGUGUGACCUUCUCCUUCGUCAGCACCGUCCCAAAUGCGGCGGUUCCCAUCCACUCUCUCUAUGUGCUAGGCAGGUCUGCGGUUCUGGAGGAAUCCGAGCUGGUAGAUUUCCGGAAGCAGGCGGAAUGUCUCCACUUCUCUCAGCCGCCGAACUUCCACUACGACGCCAAACAAGAUUUCUGUGCCAAGAAGACGGAAGAAUUAAAAGAGGAAGAGCCAGCUGAAAAUGUUUCCUGAUACAACUCCAUCUGUCAAUAAAGCAGAUGUUUUAUAGUGACUUUAAGGCAAUUAAAAAAAAAUAAAAAAUAAAAAUCGA